UUUGACUGAAGGUGAAUUUGGCGGGCAGGAGGCGGCACACAGGUUAAGAGUGACGUGACGCCUACACAAGAUGUAUGUCAAGUCUAUGGUGGUUGAUGGCUUUAAGAGUUAUGGCCAGCGCACUGAAAUUAAUGACUUUGAUCCUCUCUUCAAUGCCAUCACUGGUCUGAAUGGUUCUGGAAAAUCCAAUAUAUUAGAUGCCAUUUGCUUCUUACUUGGCAUCACAAACCUCAGCCAAGUGAGAGCUACCAACCUGCAGGAGCUGGUAUACAAGAAUGGACAAGCAGGUGUGACUAAGGCUACAGUCACCAUCACCUUUGACAACACAGACAAGAAGCAAAGCCCCAUAGGUUAUGAACAUUACGCUGAAGUUACCAUCACUCGUCAGGUUGUAAUUGGUGGACGCAACAAAUACAUGAUAAAUGGCACAACAGUUCAGAACAGCAGAGUUCAAGAUUUCUUCAGGUCAGUGCAGCUCAACGUCAACAACCCUCACUUCCUCAUCAUGCAGGGACGCAUAACAAAGGUCCUUAACAUGAAGCCCCCAGAGAUCCUUGCAAUGAUUGAGGAAGCCGCCGGUACUCGCAUGUACGAGUCCAAGAAGCAGCAGGCCCAGAAGACUAUUGAGAAGAAGGACGCUAAACUGAAGGAGAUCAAUGAUAUCCUUCAGGAGGAGAUCACCCCCACACUGAGCAAGCUAAAAGAGGAAAGAACUAUGUACCUGGAAUUUCAAAAAGUGCAGCGUGAACUGGAACACCUCACCAAACUUUAUAUUGCAUACAAGUUUUUGUCAGCACAGGAGACCAACGAAAAAGCCCGAGAGGAACAUGAGGGCGUCAAGAAGCAGAUCAACGACAUGCAGCAGAGCAUAAGUAACGGUGCAAGAGAGAGAAAAGAGUUAGACAACCAAAUUAUACAACUACAGCAGAUUCGUGAUACAGCUCCGUAA